GUUCAGGCGGCUGAGGCGGCCUCAAAGGCCGCGGCAGAGGCCGCAGCAGCAGAGGCCGCAGCAGCCGCGGCAGCAGCAGCCAAUGGCGACGGCGACGGCGCACAGCAGCAGCAGCAGCCGUCAGCGGCGGACCCCGACGACGCCCCUUACGACAUCGAGGUUGACUACGAUUUCAUAACCGCCCUUGAGUACGGGAUGCCGCCCUGCGGCGGCCUGGGCAUUGGCGUUGACCGGCUAGUGAUGCUGCUGACCGACAGCCCCAGCAUCCGUGACGUCAUCGCCUUCCCGCUGAUGAAAUAA